CCCCCUCCCCCAGCCACACAAACAUAAGGUGGCCAUCAGACCGGCGUCGCCAUCACGUGUGACCAAGAACUCCAAUUCGUCUAGUUUUGUCCCUUGUCUCGACACACACACGCCAGGAUGCCAGCCAAUAGGAGGAGAUUUAGCCCCAAUUCUUCCGGUGGAAAUUAUCGAUCAAGGUUUGAGGGCAGUCAGGGAGGUCGAGGCAAUGUUGGAGGCUGGGGGAACUAUGAUCGCGGAAACAGACGCUAUGACCACAGUGAGGGUUAUGGCGGCGGCUAUGGUGACAGGAAUGCCGGAGGUUAUAACCACCAGGUGGUGAACCCCUGGGAGACGGGUAUGGCGCCGUCCUCGGGUUUCAUGCCACAUGCUGGCGGAACGGGCGGAAGUCUGUUGGGGGAGUUCCGAGGAAAUUCCGACAUAGUCGGGUCCAUUAAUCAUCUGAGCCGAAUGAACAACCCCGAAUCCAAGAUUGCUUUGAAUAUCCUCAGUGCAGUGCUUGCAAAAGAUGAAGUUCGUGGUGGCUGGAGCGGUGGUCCCCCUCUUGAUAAAAGGAGGCGCUUGGAUACAGAUGGGGGUUAUGAUAUCCACCGAGGGCAGUCAUUUUCUCCCUCAAUGCAUCAUCUGGCCCACAAGGUUCCUCAGCGUGACCAUCAGUACAGCCCCCAUCGGGCUGGCAACUUUCAGUCCAACCGCCGUGCUAGGGGUGGUCGUUCCUUUGGCCAAGCUGGUCGUCAAGCGACGACACAGCAACAGCCAAGGAAGACAGUAUAUGCCAAGAAGGGAAAGCCCAACAAUAAUAAGGGCCUUGCUAAGGACCAAAAGAAGAAGGGUGAGGCAUCAUCUGCAGCUGGUCAGACAGGAGAUAAAACUGAGGGUUCCUCAGCUACAGCUGACCCUAACCAGAGUGGCGACGAUAAUGAAGAAAUGGAGACAGAGAAGGAAAGUUCGGGAGAGAAAGAGAAGGCGGUGAAAGCCGAGAGUUCUGACAGUGAAGAGGAGAUGGAUGAAGAUGAUGAUGAGAUGACCACCUUACAGGCAUUGAGAUGUCACAUUUGUAACUUUUACAAGUUCACUAAUAUGAAGACAUUCAGGAACCACUUGGAGAGCAAAAACCACGAACGCAUGCAGCGGACGUACCACCUCAAGGGUACUGCUAUUCUCCAGUACUUAAGGGCUCAGUCAAAGCUGGCUGCCCAGCGGAACAUACUGAGGCUACGGAGGAUGGGGUCGCAGGAACGCAUCAUGCAGUGUACCAAGUGUCAGUGUCACUAUAUGGGGACGCUCGCUGAACACUCGAGAACCCGUGAACAUAGUCUUGUGAGCAACUUCACAAAAUGUUCGCUCUGCUCACUCUGGUUUGAGAACAGGAUGGAACUGGAGAAGCACCGUCUCUCCUUCCUGCACAUGAUGAGGGAGGCUAUUAUGGAGAAGACAAGGGAGAAGAAUGCAUUGGAAAGUGCCAAGGAGCCAGAGGAGGAGAAAAUUCCCGAAUACGAACCUUUCAACAAAUUUCAUGUUGCUGUAGAGAAGAUGAAGAAUGAAAACAAGCAUGGGUAUGUGUUCAAUUUGAGUCGUAUGCCAUUGUACGACCCUGCAAGUCUCACAGGCUUGAACUUCAUAAUGAAGAAGUCCCAUUUAUACUGCAAAAUCUGUUCAAACAGAUCAAUACCAUCACCAAAAGAGGCUUUGGAUCACUUUUCUUCAUUGCAGCAUUAUGAGAAAUAUGCUGCUUACCUGAAGGAACAAGAGGAAGCGAAAGAAAAAGCUGCUAGAGAGGAGGAGGAGGAGAAACUUCGGCAGCUCAAGGCUGAAGAAGAAGCUGAAGCUGCCGCGAUGGAAAACAAAAAUGGCGACAAUGUGAACACAGAGGAUGAGAAUGAUGCUGAAGGUGAUGCAGGAGACACGGAAGAAGGUGAUGCUGAUGCAGAAGCAGAGGAUGCAGGUGAGGAGCCAGAAGGUGAUGAACUUGAAGGUGAAGCAGAAGCUGAAGAAGCCGAAGCAGAAGAAGCUGAAGUAGAAACUGAAGAAGCUGAGGCCGAAGUAGAGGUAGAAGUCGAGGCUGAAGCUGAAGCAGAAGCUGAAGCCGAAAGUGAAGCGAUGGACACUAGCUCACCUGCUGGCAAGAGCGAAUCAAGGAGGGGCAAAGCAACUAAUAAAGUGGGGGAUACUUUAGAAUUGCUAGAGGAAGAUGAUGAUGCCAUACUGGACAGUGAUGUGGAUGAUGAAGUCAAAGAAUCUUUAACCAAGGGCAAGGCAAUGGAUGUUGGUGAUGAGUUACCAGUACUUGAGACUGCUGGUGUAGAGUUGAAAAGUAGGACAAAGGCCAAAGCAAGUAAAGCACAACCUGAGGAGGAAGAGAAAAGUGAAGAGAAGGAAGAUACUGCUCAAGCAGUGUCCACCCCCCGUGGCCGGAGAGGACGAGGGCGGGCACGUGGACGAGGUGCCAGGAAGUAGUGUCGAGUAAAUAUGGCAUUUUAAACUGGAACCAAAGUCUGCUGUAAUCGUGAGGAACCAGCUGUGGAAAGGGCUUCUGAUGAUUAGUGAGUGCUCUUGGAUUUAAAAUGGGGUGGGGGGAGGGUACAAGGAGAGAGCAGCUCCAGAAAUCUAAAUUCAUGGUUUAAAAUGUACUGGGGGAGUACUUUGUAAGGCGUGUGUAAGGAAGUACUUGAACGAGUAAUGCAUUUGAUGUAAACGAAUGCAGUUUUGUUUGCAUGUGACUUGGUCAGUGUACCAAAAGAACUCUUAAAGCUUUACUUUUGCUUUUUUAUUUCUUGUGAAGUCCAGCUGUACUUUGUAUAAAAAUAAGUGAUAAAGGGUGAAUGAUUUGAAGCAGUGUACGAGAUUUAAAUAAGGCACACUCAUGCUGUACCAUAUAUAUAUAUAUCGAAGCCUAAGUGUGUAGAACUAGUUCAUAAUGGUAACUUAGAUUUUUACUGCCUGUUUAAGAAAACGUUUAGACGCUCCGAAAUUUGUAUAAUGGUUCGCUACCUAUUGUAUAACUCAUUGUAUAUCUUUAUUUUGUAGCUCCAAAAGGCAGUGCACAUGUAAUUUAUUCAGCUUUUGAAGAUUUAGGGUGUUGCAACAUUCUCUUGAUAUAGCCAUAUAUACAGUAGUCAAUCCCAAGCAACUAUAGUGGUUGAAUUUGACUUUUUUAUAUAUACGUACAAGACUUCUUUACCCCUGACUUUUGUUUUGCCGCCACAAUUAACUUGGGGUUAAGACUGGAGACACGGAAAUUUAAUCUUGAGUGGCUAUUUUUUUUUUUUUUUAACUACAGUACUGUAAUAAGAAUUUUGGAUAUUACUUUUAUUUCAUGGAUUAUUAAAAUUAAAAUUUAUAAACAUCCUGCUGUAUAA